AUGGUGAUCGACUCGUUUUAUACUCUAGCCUUCGGUAUUGCUGCCACGAUGCUGAUCAUUUCAGAGAUUGUUUUCUUCACCAAUGACAUAGGUUUCUUUAAUUGGGGACGGAAAGCGUACCGAAAUGUCACCGCGAUAUGCAAUGACUUUUCUAAUGGCAAAUACUACAAUCCUUGGGGCUCUGUGAAACCGAUCAUCAUCAAUCCUAGCAGGAAGGAGAUGACCGAACUCAGCGAGGCCAACAGCCUUUCUCAGCGUGCUGUAUAUGCGGAUAUGUUUGGUUUCAAGCUUACCAUGAAUGGAAUCACCCACAAUGAGGUCAAUGUCCUCCGUACUCGGCUUUAUAGUCGCCUCCUCCAGAACCGUGGCCCAUCGAAUCUCGCAGCUCUCUACCCUUACUUACAGAAGCGACUAGAAACUGUGUUAGACCAGCAGUUACAAAAAGGAAUUGUCAAGUCUGAUGGACCUGUUUCUAUUGCCCUUGCACCAAGUGUCCGGACAAUAUCAUCAAAACUGAUGGCUCUCAUUUUCUUCGGUGAUAAGGCUUCGGCCGACCAGGAGUUUGCAGAUGCCCUUCUUACCUAUUCAGCAGAUCUUGUAAAGUGCUUAGCAGCUUUUCAAGUCUUCCCAGCUAUUUUCUCCGGGCUUAUUCACAAGAUUAUUACCAAGAAUGGCCGGGCAAUGCACUUACUUCAAAAUCGUUUCAAACACCUUAUGCGUUCUGACUAUGGAGAAUCCAAAGACGUCAAAGAUCGUACCAUUCUUCAUAAUAUGAUAGAGAUCAUUCAGGAACAAGAAGGUAGUCCCGAGUACUGGACCACGGAUAUCACCUCACAGGCACUUCUCGGAGUCUGGUUUGCAGCCUCGCACCAACCUUGGAUGAACUUGGAUUUCAUCCUCCUUGAACUGGCCCAACGACCUGAAUGGCAGCUCAGACUGCGUGAGGAAAUCGGCAAUAUUUCCGAAUCGAACUACGAAUCCCUCGACAGACUUCCUUAUUUAGACAGCUUCAUUAAAGAGAGUGUUCGAAUGAAUCCCUUGGAUACACAUGCAAUUCGUCGAAAAGCUCUCGAUGACUAUCAAUUUAAACGUGGUGACUACUUUCUAAAGAAAGGAACAACAGCGUGCGUUUCAGCGAUAGAUAUCCUGAACGACAAGAACGUCUAUGUUAAUCCUGAGAAAUGGGACGGCGAACGAUUUGUAACAGGCCCUUCCCCAAUGAGAGGUACUAAAUUUUCGGAUGUGUCUGAGCACUUCCCAACCUGGGGGUUCGGUUCGCUUGCUUGUCCAGGACGAUUUCAUGCCACGCUAGUUCUUAAAAUUGUUAUUGCACGUCUCGUUUCCGAAUACGAUAUUUUCCUCGAAUCCAAAGGCCGAGUCAAGUUCAUGUGGGAAACAUUUACCUUCCCUUACGAUUCGACACGGGUUCUGUUGAAGAAGGUUAAUUAA